AACCCUUUGUGCCUUUAUUAAAAAUGGAGGCAACUGGAGAAGUAGCAUCACAGUUAGAGGUAAAGCUUUCUGUCCUUAUUGAACACUUGAGGACAAGUGAUGGAGACUCAUUCGACAUACAGUCACUCAAUAAGCAAAUAAGAAACCUCAUGGAACAACUUAGAGCUAAGAUAAAGAAUCUUGAGUCACAGCAAAGAGAGGCAAGAGUAAGUAAUGAGAGAGAAGAGUUGAAGGGACUGGCAGAUUGGCAUAAUUCACAAUUGAUAGAUUUGCAGACUAAAUUAAAACGUGCAAACUUAUCAGUGAAGGCCAAACUAGUGAAGAAAGACAGAGAGAGUCUUCUUGGCCUAUCAACUGACGAAGAGACAAGCCAAACGAGACAGAGGAAGAGACAAGAUGGCUCAUUGCAAGCUGCUAGCAAUGUUACUGAUAGCCUCAAGGAGCUGAGACAGACUCUAGCAUCAAGUGUAAGUAGGAGUGAAGACACUAUGAGAACUUUAGUUGAUUCCUCUAGUGUAUUGAAAGACACAAGCUCUGAGAUGGAAGCUAUGGGUUCUCAUAUUGAUAUCUCCCAUCGCCUCAUUACUAAAUUUGGAAGACGUGAUGUCGUAGAUAAAAUAUUGAUAUUCUUUGGACUGGUACUGUUCUUCUCUGUUGUAGUCUACAUACUUAAGAAAAGGAUUUUUGGAUAGCAUUCUUGUAAAUAAUGAUUAUUUUUAUUCACUCUCGCGCUAUUUUAAUUUCGAUUAAUUAGCGCGCUGGGUUAGUUAAUAA